CAGCCAGCAUCUUACUCCAACAACCAACAAUCCCAAUCUCUACAAAACAACCCACACACCAUGACCAACGUGCGCCAGAAGAGAAAGAACCGCUCCGGCUUGCCCAAGGCUAAGGCCAAGCGCACCGGUCUUUUGAAGAACGGCCGGAAGAAGAUCAAUGUUCUGGGAAAUGCCAUCAUCGCUGAGAAUUGGAACCGCGAUUUGACUCUCACCCAAAACUACCGCAACCUGGGCCUGGUCCACCGCCUGAACGCGCCGACGGGCGGUUCGGAGAAGCGGCCCACGAAGGAGGGGGGCGUUGCGCGCGACCGGGAGGACUCGCUGCACAUCAAGAGCAGCGCGACGGCCGUGGCGCAGAAGAACGCGGCCAGCGAGAUCCGCGUCGAGCGCGACCCGGCGACUGGCAAGAUCCUGCGCGUGAUCCGCCCCGAGGACGACGACGAGAUCGAGGUGGCGGGCCGCAAGCACAAGCGCCACAACCCGCUGAACGACCCGCUGAACGAUCUGUCGGCGGAUGAGGAGGCUGGUGAGCCGAUGAGUGCAGCACAGAAGCAGCAGGCCGACAGCGAGAUCGUCCGGCAGCUCGAGCUCCAGGCCGACCUGGAGAGCCGCAAGGUCGCCGCCAAGAAGCCCCGCCACCAGAGCAAGCGUGAAGAGGAGUGGAUUCUGCGGCUGGUGGAGAAGCACGGGGACAACUACGCCGCCAUGGCGCGCGACCGGCGAUUGAACCCCAUGCAGCAGACCGCGGGCGAUCUGAAACGGAGAAUCACCAAGUGGGAGAAGAGCCGGUCGUGAUUUGGUUGUACAUUCUCUUUGCAUUUUGGCGAGUAAUGGCGUUGAGUUUCUCUUUUGUCUGCUUCAGGGUUGGUUCUUUGUUGGGCUAAAAGUGUCUGUCUCUUGGGUCAUAUGGACAAUGUCCGGCCCCUACUUACUUCGCGGGAUACCAAUUUAGUUGGGAUGAAAAUGAUCGAUCUGGCCGGAGCCACGUCUACAGUACAGUACAUAGACGAUCAGAGCAGUGGUCUGCCUACAGUAUCAAUGAACAAAAGGUGCUACUAGAGUCACG